AUGCGAGAGAAGCAGAGAAAAGGUGGAAAGCGAGCGCACUUUGAUUGGUUUCGGAGAAUACGCGGAGUGGUGGAGUUGUGCGGUCUUGGGGAGUUUGUGAGUGCCGCGACAAGGCAUGCCGGUGUUUCCGUCCAAGCUGUCUUCCAGCGGCAUCAAAUGUUUGCCGUUGUUUCUGCGAGGUACUGUGGUAAAAGGUUUCGGACGAGGGAGCAAACAACUCGGCAUUCCAACUGCAAACUUUCCCGCAGAUCUCGUGGAGCAUCUUCCAGAGGACUUAAAGUGUGGUGUCUAUUAUGGCUGGGCGGCUGUGGACGACGGACCAGUCCAUCGGAUGGUGAUGAGCGUUGGGUGGAAUCCUUACUAUAAGAAUGAGAAAAAAUCCAUGGAGGCCCACAUCAUGCACCACUUUGAUGAUGACUUCUACGGUUCUGUGCUAAGAGUUGCCGUCCUGGGAUAUCUACGAGCUGAGAAAAACUUUGCAUCAGUGGACGACCUGGUCGCCGCAAUAAAGAAGGACAUCGCAGAUGCAGAUUCGGCCCUCAGCGGAACACAAUUCCAGCAGUACAAGAGUCACCCAUUCUUCAGCGCGGAGCAAUUGAGUGGUGGUGCCCCGCUUGUCCGCAGUGCAUGAUGCUGGCCUGUGUAGGAUGCAAGUUCCUCCUGCUCUCUGUGAUUCCCUCGUCAGCACAUUGGAUAUGAGCAAAGUGAUCUGUGGCAACAUUGGUUCACAUUCCGUUUAUGUGCGUGCUACUAGAAACUAUUGUUUCUACCUUCUGGGUGGUAUGGAGGACUAAUUAAAAACAAAAUCUAUAAAAAGCUGCGGCUUUUUGGGCAAGAUCUGCAUUCUACUCCAGAAACUGUACGCGCAUAUACUCCGCUGCAGUGGCGUGCUGCUGUAUUAUAUUCGAAAGUUUGCGUUACGAGCGAAACUUGCGGGAAUUGUGGUCUUACUAUUUGUGUGCCUCCCUUGCUUGUGGAAUGAAAACAGCAGUUAGGAUGUGCGUAACACCUGCAUUUCACCCCACUUAUGAGAUUACGAAGCAGUUGGGACAUUUAAUAAUACUGCACCAAUGUUUUAUCGCUAAGCACAUCUUAUAAUGUUGGGCACAUUGUUAACGAGAAUAGACAGCAUUAAACUUAGGAUAAUUAUUUAUUUAAUUACUUAUUUUGGUGAGCGUGUUUAAGAUCUGACAGUUUGGCUGUUCAUUGUAUGUCGAGCUUUCUAUUAAAAAAGUUUAUUUUUC